AUGCAAGCACCUCGACCAGGAAAAGAACCCGCAGACAGAGCGCAGGAGGAGCAAGAGCUCGUCUCGAAUUUAGAUGCCGAGGAGCUAUACUUCUCUGCGGAAGAAGAACUGAUACCUGAAAGAAACAAUGAGGCAAGCGUUGAAAAGGAUAAUCACAAAACACUAGAUGAAAAAUUGAAAGCCGUGGCAGAGAGGGCGAAGCAACUUGAAUCAAACAAAACCAUUUUGGAGGACGCUCGCCUCAUCCCUGAGACUGUUGACGAGACGGAAAAUCAUCGUGAUAAUAAGUACCGGCCUGAUAAAGACAUUGAGCACCACAUGCAGGAUCUUGCAGCAGCUAUUUAUCGACGUGAACAUGGGUACACACCAGAGAUAGUCCUCCAAGGCGACAAAUUCAAGAAAAACCGUUAUUUUGCAUACGUGCGACAAAGGAACCAAUCCGGCUUUCUCUGGUUUCCUCAGAGUGAUUACAGUGCUAAACGAAAAGACGCAUACACAGCGCUUCUUCUUGAGCUCUAUCGAGCGCAGAUGAACGGCUACGUGGCUGAACGAAACGCGACCCAGUACACAUUUGGCCGGCAGCUUCAUCUUGCGAAGAUUAACGAAAUCGAAGCACUUAUCCGAAAGAGGCUAUUGCCCAAAGGCAAAUUCGAGAUAAGAGUCGAAGCCCGCGGAACGGGCCCUUCGCGAGGAUACCGAGGUGUUGUGACAGGAGAUUUAAAGAUGAAAGGCCGACAAUCCGCCAGCGAAGGUGCAGCAUUGGAUGCGCUGCAUAAGAGACUUAAAGAUAAGAUUCAAGAUCUCAGAACCGGCAGGCUUCAACCGGGGACUUAUGUCGAGAAGAGGCGUUCAGCGGCCUAG